AUGGCGGCCUGUGGGGUGCCCACGGCGGUAGCGACCACUGCCGAGAGGUCGCUCACCGACGAUGAGAUGGCGGAGGUGAAAAAGGAAGUCUUAGAACAAUUGCGGCGCUAUCUGUGUGAGAAAAUAAUUGCAGAAAGGCACUUUGAUUAUCUGCGUUCAAAAAAAAUACUCAGUCGAGAGGACACUGAAGAAAUCUCUUGCCGAGCCUCAAGCAGGAAAAAGGCUGGGAAGCUGCUGGAUUACUUAGCAGAACAUCCAAAAGGACUAGAUGCUUUGAUAGAAUCUAUUCGAUUAGAAAGAACACAGAAUUUCCUGUUACAAAAGAUAACUGAUGCCAUCUUGAAAGCAAAAAAUGAAAAACUUGAAGGUCUUAAAGAGUUGAGCUGUAGCAACUGCAGGCCUUCGUUACGUGAACAAACAAACAACCUCUCUAGGUCACAGUCAAAUGAAUCUAAUUUCUUUGAAAAACAAAAAGACCAAGAAUGUACCCACCUUCCUCAUCCAGAAAUGUUUAGUACAUCUGCUUUUGUGUCAGCUGCUUCUCUUUGUUCAAUGAAUUUACCCAUUACUGAAGUUGGAAAUGCAGAAAACUCAGUUUUUUCAGCUGUCCUUCCUGGACCGGGAGAGCCUGGAGCACCACCUCUUCCACCCCAGUUGCAAAAUGAACAAGAGGAGAUAUGUUCCACUUCCAGUGAGAAUCACUUCCUGCCUUUGAGAUCCCGCUCACUUCUUCCACAGUGAACUAUAAGGUUCCUUGAUGAAUCUUAAAUGG